AGUCUACCAUCUUUAACUCAGUCAUAGAGACUGAGUGACCGGGAGAGGCGCGCCGCGUGCACUGAAUCGGGGAGGCCAUUUUCGCCCUGACCGAGCCGCGUGAGCAUUUGAAAUUUGUUUUGCGAUUAUUGUACAGCCUCCAUUUCGACGCGCAAACUGUCAAGCGCAGAUCAUGUGAUUGCGAGGAUGUGGGCUUAUCUUGUCGUCCGGAUCUGUCCGUAACCUACAGACGGUACCAAAGCCAGAACGCGAGGUUGUGGGAUUGAUGCAGCAGUGUUUGGACGGCUAGUCACGAAUGUAGGGCUACACAUCUCUUUGAAAUAUAUUGCUUGGAUAGAAUGUAACAGGCUAUAUUGAAACACCUCAUGGGGCAGACAGAUGCAAUGUUGUUAUAGGUUGAGCGAACUGAACAUCGUCAGCGUUGACACGCACACCACUGUCCGCUUCAUCUGGUGCGGUUAUUGAAUCGUGUCUCUCCUCUCUUUUCUUUCAGCAUCACUGACAGAGGCUGCUGAUGCUGCCGUAGCUCGUGAAAAUAUUCUCCGUAGCAAAGUACCGGGACAGGGCUGUGUGUAAUUUAUCCCGGGCUAGAUGCUGUGAAUUAUCUCGCAGGAUUGUGAUUUGGUUUUACGGGAGGGAAUGCAUCAUAGACCUUGUGUUUCGUUUGCUCCGGUUUGAUUCUGUCGCUGUCGUCUACAUUGCUUAGGAAAUUGGAGGCAUAGCCUAUUGCAGUCACUGCUGUUCUGUAAGCUAUUGGCAGGCCAAAAAGAUGUAUAUCGAUUUAAAUUUGAUAAUUUGUGAAAUGUCAUGUGUAAUAUCCGAAUGACAAUCUGAUAUUUGCUGUGUUUUUCAAGGAGGUAUUCCGGGGACAUACGCAAGUGACACGUGCCCAGAGAGCGAUGUGUCUGACAGACGGGCAUUCGUAGCCUACGAGAGAGGUGGGAGGGAAUUAUUUCUCACAUACACUAGUUCAGGAGUCGCCAAGUUCUCAGAGUUAUCAGUUAGGCUAAAUAUAGGAGCGAGCUUGCAGAUAAACGUUUUGACUAUCCAGUGUAUGCACCAGCAUCGGGAUGCGACGUCAUGAGUUGAAUAUGCUGGCCAGAUGUUGCCUUUGAUGUGAUUCAUUCAAUCUAGGCUAGGCCUACUGUUGGGUGCUUUUUACAGCAGAAAUAACUACGGACUCCUGCAUUUCUCAACUAAUUAAUUAGUCAGUUAAUUAGCCCCCCCCCCGUUGCUUGUCUACCUAAUUUAAAUAAGCAUAUCUAGGCUACUUCAUAAUACCCGGACUGGGAUACAACACAAACUGUGCUACAAUGAUACCCGGAUCGGCCGCGUCGAUGCUCCCAUCCAUGUCGACGGAUGACAUUAAACUAUACCAGCAUAACUACGUCCGCAACUCCCGUGCCAUCGGACUCCUGUGGGCCAUUUUCACCAUCCUGUUUGCCAUCUUGAACGUGGUGAUCUUCAGCCAGCCCUAUUGGAUCGGAGACGGCGUGGACACCCCUCAGGCCGGCUACUUCGGCCUCUUCCACUUCUGCACCGGCGACGGAAUCCAGAGAGAGCUCGACUGCACAGGGACCUUCACAGAGUUCGCUCAGAUCCCUUCCACCGCGUUCAAGGCCGCGUCGUUCUUCGUAGGAAUGUCGAUGAUGUUGGUGAUGGCUUGCAUCGCUUCCUUCACUCUCUUCUUCCUCUUCUCCACCACCACCGUCUAUAAGAUCUGCGGCUGGAUGCAGGGGGCCUCGGGUGUAUGUCUGGUGAUGGGCUGUAUAAUCUACCCUGACGGCUGGGACAGUGACGAGGUGCGGAGGAUGUGUGGGGAGCAGACGGACAAGUACAGUCUGGGAGCGUGCUCCAUGCGCUGGGCUUACAUCCUGGCUAUCAUGGGGGUUCUGAAUGCCCUCAUGCUCUCCUUCUUGGCUUUUGUACUGGGCAACAGACAGGACGGACUCAUGACCGAGGAACUACUGGCUGAGAGCAAGGCUGGGAAUGCCUAAAACAACCCAUAGGUGUCUGCGUUUCCUAGUGUGUACGUGUAACUUUCAUCAUCACGCUCCAGAGUUUUACCCAUCAUCCCCCAGAAGAGGACGACACUGGCACACUCUAUGGCUAUGAGAGAGAGAGAAGAGAGAGAUCGAGAGGAGAAGAGAGUAAAAGAGAAAGAGAGGUGGACAAUGAGUGAGCGAAACAGACAGGAGAGAGGGAGAGAAAUGCUAUGUAGCCAGAUGUCUCCCAUUCAUUCACACAUGGACUGUAUUCUAGUUCUCACCUUCUAGUCUAUGCUGGAUCUGCCAAUGAUAUGUACAUCUCUAUUAUAUUGGCCCUGCUCACAGUCCUACAGUCUCUCUACCUCCACACUAUUCCACUGUCACUGAACCCCUAGGAACCCCAGCAGAGACUAGACAAUCUUCACACAGCCGAUCAUCGACCAAGACGGGGACAGAGACUGACCAACAGAAGACGUAUGGAUUAUCUGUGUAUGGAUGAAGACCAACAGAAGGGUUGAAGUAUUGUUCUUGAAAUCAUGUAUUGUAGUGAGAGAAAAAACACACACACUCAGAUACACACACACACUCACUCAGACACACACUCACUCAGACACACACACUCACUCACUCAGACACAC